AUGCGGUUCUGUAUGCCCUCCGCGGCAGCUCUAUUCGGAUCGUUGUGCCAUGGCUGUCGCAGCCGGGCGCGUAGUUUGUCAUUCCGCGGCUUUAGUGGGUCGCCCCGACAGAACAGCCGCUGGAACAGUCAGGAUUCAAUUGACCUACCUACUGCGGAGAACCCACGAAUUCUCAUCACAGGCGGCCUUGGCCAGUUAGGUGUGGGGCUUGCAGAAAUCCUGAGGAAACAGUACGGAACAGAAAACGUUAUCCUAUCGGAUAUUAAAAAGGCUCCACCAGAAGUGUACAGAAGUGGCCCGUUUGUGUAUGCUGACGUGUUGGACUAUAAGAACCUCAGAGAGUUGGUGGUGAAUAACCGCAUCACCUGGCUGGUGCAUUACAGCGCUCUACUCAGUGCUGUGGGAGAGGCCAAUGUGGCCCUGGCACGCAAGAUUAAUAUCACAGGCCUUCAUAAUGUGCUGGACCUGGCUCUGGAGAGCUGCUUACGUCUCUUUGUCCCUAGCACCAUCGGAGCUUUUGGCCCUUCUUCUCCCCGUGACCCCGCACCUGACCUGUGUGUCCAGAGGCCUCACACCAUUUAUGGGGUUUCCAAAGUGCACGGCGAACUGAUGGGGGAGUAUCUUCAUCACAAGUAUGGACUGGACUUCCGCUGCCUACGCUAUCCUGGCAUCAUUUCAGCUAACACACAGCUUGGGGGAGGAACAACAGACUAUGCUGUCCAGAUUUUUCACGAUGCACUCAGCACAGGUCACCACGAGUGCUAUUUACGCGCUGACACACGUCUGCCCAUGAUGCACAUUGGUGACUGCCACCGUGCGACUGUGGAGUUCAUGCAGGCCCCGGAAUUCCAACUGUCACUGCGCACGUACAACAUCGCUGCCAUGAGCUUCACCCCUGAGGAAGUUGCCACGGAAAUCCGCAAGCACCUGCCCCACCUCAAGGUCACCUAUAACCCUGACUCUGUCCGCCAGACCAUUGCGGACAGCUGGCCAGUGAGGUUUGAUGACUCCAAUGCACAGAGAGACUGGGGCUGGAAGUCGACUUAUGGGCUUGAGGAGCUCGUCUCAGACAUGCUAAGCUCCAUCCGUGACAAGAAGACCAACGCCGGACUGCCAGUCAGCUAG